AAUUAAUAUAUAGUUUUUGGCACAAUGCUUAACUUAGGAAAAUAUAUGUACUUGUAGGUUAAAUAUAGGGUUAUUAUAUUAUUGUGUCUAUAGAUUUGGUGAGUGCGUGACGGGUAAAUAAAACAUGUAUAUAUUAGAUUGAUUGUAGCUACUGAUGCGGAUGGUAUGAUAAGAUAAUUUAAGUUUUUUUGUCAACGGGAGAUAAAUGAAUUAGUCCACUUCUCUUAUGUAGUUAUUUUUUUUUUUAAUUUUUUAAUUUUUUAUUUAAUUUUUAUGAGCACUUCUCUUAUAUAGUUAUGUGGAGUAUUAUUAAAUUAUUUUUCAAUUAUUAAAAUAACAUUAUAAAAAUUAAAAAAAUUCAAAUAACAUAAAAUACUGUUCAAAUAAUGUUCCUUUAAUUUUUUUUUAUUGACCAUCAGUAACCAAGUCUUUUAUUAGUAAUUGAAUUACCUUUGUUUUUAUUUUUCCUACGGGUUUAAUAAUUUGAUUUAUAAAUCGUGCAUCGCACGGGCACUAUGUUAGUUUUCGUAAUAAAUUUAGUGUGCAGUGGAUGGGGUCAAGACUCAAGACCACCUCAUCAAGAACAAAUCACAAGGAGAGACUUUCACUUCCAUUUCUUUGCUAAUAAAACAUUACUCAUUUCAUAUUUGCGGUGCAAAUCAUUUCAAUUGCACCAUUGAAGCAAACUCAUCAGAUGGAAGCUAUGAUGCUGAGUUCAUCAUCUCCACUCCAUCUAUCUCUCCCUCCAAAACCCCUUUUCACUUCCCCUCUAUCCUUUCCUUCUCUCCUCAAAUUCAAGGGAAAUUCAAGACAUGGGGUUGUUCUACUUCCGGCGAUGUGCAUUCCAGGCCCAAUUCGAGACACCGAGAAGUCUGAAGAUGAAGAGGGGAUGCAAGUUUCAUCGUCUUCUUCGUCGCCGUCAUCGUCGAGCAUUUCUACAUAUAAUUGGUGUGCAGGACUUGGAGGAUUGGGAUUCCUAGAAACUGCUUACUUGACUUAUCUUAAGGUGUCUAAUACUGAGCCAUUUUGCCCUGUUGGUGGUGGGUCUUGCAGUGAUGUUCUUAAUAGUGAUUAUGCUAUGAUUUUAGGUGUUCCUCUUCCAUUAAUCGGCAUGACUGCCUAUGGACUUAUCUUUCUCCUUGGUUUGAAGUUAGGAGGGUGGAAUGUGCCUCUCAAAAUCAAUCAAAGUGAUGGGCGUCUACUUCUACUUCCUGUCUGUGCUUCCAUGGCAGCUGCCAGUGCUUACUUUCUGUACACUCUGGCUACUAGACUUGAAGGAGCUUCAUGUUCAUAUUGUUUGGCAUCUGCUACAUUGUCAUUUAGUUUGUUUUUCAUCAUUUUAAAGGAUUUUGGACUGAAAGAGCUACAAAAAGUUGUCGCUCUGCCAUUAUGUACAGCUGCUAUUGUGCUUGGAAUAAUAAACACCACCUACAAUUCACUACCUCCAAUAUCACCAAGAUCAGAAGUCAUGGAAGUCCCUUAUUAUACAACAGAGAUUACUUCAGCAUCAAGUCCAUAUGCAAUUUCACUUGCAAAACAUCUCAAAUCUACAGGGGCAAAAAUGUAUGGGGCUUUUUGGUGUUCACACUGUCAAGAACAAAAACAGAUGUUUGGACGUGAGGCAAUGGAGCUGUUAGAUUAUGUGGAAUGUUUCCCUGAUGGUGUUAAGAAAGGAAUUAAGAUUGCUUCAGUUUGUAGUGAUGUUGGAAUUGAAGGAUUUCCUACUUGGCUCAUUAACGGCGAGGUAAUUAGUGGAGAAAAGACGCUUGAAGAACUUGCAGAAAUAUCUGAUUUCCUUUAUGACGCUGUAAAUCAACCUAAUUAAAACCAUGGACUCCAAUGGUAUGUAAUUAAGCUUUGUUAGAGAGUUCUUACUGGAAGGUUUGUACAAUAGUUGCACUUAUUUAGGCUUAGUUACAUUUUUCAGAUUUUUAUCAUAUGAAUAGUUCAUGUAUGCUACAAGCUAUUCCUAUUAUAUACACGAGAAAUAUUUGGGUUUUUGUGUGCUUUUAGCUUUAUGUGGGGAAAAAAACAUAUUUGAAAAUCGACACUUAAACUUGUUAAUAUGGUAGAAGCCAUCUUAAUUCCUUUCUUAAACCUGUACGAAGAUUAGAAGAGUAGGAUUAUGAAGAGUUUAAAUGAGGUAAAGAGAGAUUGAAAAUGACUUGGUUGGAAGGAGUUACGAAGGAUAUGAAGUAUAUGGAUUUGCGAAAGAAUGAAGUAUUUGACUGUAAAGAAUGGAGGAGGAAGAUUUUUGUGGAUGACUAUACCGAAAAUAACUUUGGUUUAGCAGACCUCACUUAUAGGAUUAAGAUUUUGAUUGAUUUUGGACAAUUAGGGUUUUCGGGUUUUUUUUUUUUGGGGAGGGGGGUGACUGUUGGGGUUGUAAACGUGUAGUUGGGUUUGUUGAAAUCAAUUUUAGCAUUGAACUAAACACGUACGUUAUCAUGGUUUAAUUCUAACUUUAUACUCCGUAUCACUUUGUAAGCCAAUCACUCUAGUAUUGGUGCUUAACAACCCAUAAGAUCUUAUUGAAUGGCCAAGGCCUUAUUCAGGUAAAAACAAUUGCGCUAAUUGUUGUUACUUGUUUGCAUACUCAAAUUACACGUACUAUCAUUUCGUAGUGUUUGAGAGUGUGAGGGAUAGCUCAAGUGGUUAGAGCUCCCCUCCCGAUUCCCGGUGAUACUGGGAUCGAAACUCAUCACCCGCCCUUGUGGCUCUCUAAACAACAACAACAAAAAAAAAAAAAAUGACACUAAAUCCUACCCAUUAGUUAUUGUCAAAUCAUGGCUAAAUCAACCUGGAUGUCAACAUUUUAAUUCUUUUUUCCAAUUCGGCUAUUCGCCUGCAGCUGCAACUACUACCAGGAGAGUAAAACAAAAAUAACGUUCAUGUAUUUCAACGAGGAAGUACUAAAGGAGGUUAGUUAUGUAUAUAGAAAUACAUAACAUGGCAUUGUUGUAAAUAAGUAGCAACUUUUAUUGUAAUGGUUUUGCAAUUUGGAGGGAAAAUGUAAUUGUACAAUAAAACUUGUAACAGUGUGGGACCAUUUGAAGGAUUAAAAAAAUAUGUUGAGUAACCCCACGUUACAUAUCUGUCUUUUUUGUCUAACUGGAACAUUCCAUUAAUCCCCACCAAUAUUUGUUGCUUUGUGCUUGUACUUUUGUUCAAAUUGAGUUCCUCCCCGACCUUGGCAACGAGGCAAGGUUCCACAAUUUUGGGGAACCUGCCACAUUUUGCGUUCUAGUCUUCACUACAAUUUAAUGAAUUGGAAGAGUUAGCACUUGGAUGAUGGAGUAUUUGGAAACAACUGAGGACCUUGAAAAGUACCAUGGUGGUGAGUAUGGAGUCAGCGUUGAUGCCGAAGCCGUUGAUGGGGCCGUAGUUAUUGAUGAUGACGUGGGUGAUGGCGGUGCUGCGGCGUUGGAGGCCUUGUUAAAUCAGGUUGUUGGGGAGGAGUCUUUUAGGACUCCAAAGAAAGGUAAGAGCAAUGUUUUAGUUAGUGUUGAGAUAGAAGAGCCCGUGGAAUUGGAGUUGGAUGUACCUCUCCCGCCUCCUGCUGUAGGAAUGGUGUUUGCUUCUAUGUUGGAGGUUGAUGAGUAUUUUCGUAAUUAUGGCCAGCAGUAGGGGUUUGGUGUUGUGAGGGCUAGUGGGGCUAAGUCUGGAAAAGGUAUGAAGCGUAAUUGUAGGUGGACUUGUGAAUGUUUUGGUAAGACUGUACGGAAGAGGAAAAAGCCUGAACCGAGGUUGGUGUCUGAUGCUCAGAUCAGUGAAGAUGAAGACUUGUGUCCUAAACGCAAGUCGAAGAAAUGUGAUUGCACUGUGUUUCUAUAUGCCAAGGUCAAUAAGUCUGGGCAAUGGAUUAUUAAUAAGGCCUAUUUGACACAUGUUGGGCAUAAUCCUACUCCUGGAAAAUCAAAGAACAUUAGUAGGUUUAGGAAGAAAUUUUUGGUGGAUAAUCCUCAUCUUGUGCGGCAGUUGUUUAUUGAACGAAAGGCUGGGGUUCCUGUGGCUAAUAUAUAUAGAAGUAUGGCAAAGCAGAGGAAUGGGUUGGAGGAUAUGUCGUUUGAGCACAAGGAUUUACAUGCUGAAGUUGCGAAGCAGAAGAAACUUGUUUUUGAACAAGGGGAUGCAAAAGUUAUGUUUGACUACUUUAAGAGGAUGCUUGAGGACAAUGAUAAAUUCUUUCAUACAUAUCGAGUUGAUGAAGACGGUCGGUUGAAAGAUGUUCUAUGGGUUGAUGCUAGAAGUAGGGCGGCGUACGAGGAGUUUGGUGACGUCGUUGUCUUUGAUUCCACGUAUUUGACUAACGAGUAUAAGCUUCCUUUCUGCAAUUUUGUUGGUGUCAACCACCAUGGGAAGACCAUUCUGCUUGGUUGUGCUCUUGUUAGUCGUGAGACUGCCGAGACUUUUGAAUGGGUAUUUUCAAGUUGGCUUAGAUGUAUGGGUGAUAAAGCUCCUAUUGGGAUUCUAACAGACCAAGAUCCGGCAAUGAGGAAGGCAUUGAAGGCGGUUAUGAAGGGUACGACGCAUAGAUGGUGCAUUUGGCAGAUUCUCAACAAGUUCUCUCAGAAGUUAGGCAAGCGCAUUUAUUACCCUGAGUUGAAGGAGGGACUGCACCGAGCUGUCUAUAACAACCUUGACUGUCAGGAAUUCGAACCAAUGGGGGCCUGAGGUAAUUAAGAAGUAUGAAGCUGAUGAUGAUGAGUGGCUGGCAGGUAUGGUCUUAAAGUGAUUGUAUAUUUUCAUGUAGAUGUUUUAUGUAUUUCUCUUGCCUUUUAAUGUUGAUUUUGGUGGUGAUUGAUUAGGAUGAAAUAUAGACUAAUGUAUAAUUUUGUGUUAUUUUUUAUUUCCGGGUAAAAAUUUACUAUGUUCAAUGACCCCUCAUUGUGAUUAUUUCUGAUUGGGUGUUUGGCUACAAUGGUGUAUGUUAGGGUUGAUUGAAGAAAGGGCUAUGUGGGUUCCCGCCUUAGUGAAACAUUUGUUCUAGGCAGGAUCCCAGAGGGUGGAAAGUAUUCAUAGAUUUUUUGACGGGUAUUUGAGCAAGCACACCUUGUUACAUGAAUUCGUGGAGCGGUAUGAAGAAGCGCUCUGGGUAAGAGCAUCAACAGAAAAGAAGACUAGACUGAUGACAACAACGCUAGAUAUGUUAGGAAGGCGUGCACCGACUUUCCCGCUGAGCUACUCUUCCAACAGAUUUACACUGAUGCAAAAUUCAAAGAAGUUCAGCGUGAAUGUACACGUAUGAUGUAUGUUAGUGGUAUUGAGAGAAGACAAGUUUCUGAGCAGGUGCUUGAGCAUGUAAUUGAGGACAGAGUUUGGUACAAGCCCCAAAAUUCAAAGAAAGAGAUACCGUCUAAGCGUAAGCGUAGAUAUGUGGUUACUUUUGACAUUGUAACCAAGGAUGCUUCUUGUGAAUGUAAGCACUUCGACUGUCAUGGAAUUAUCUGUUGUCACAUAAUUAAGGUUUAUGAGUUGCAUGACCACUUGGAUAUUCCAGAGAAGUUCAUCUUGAAGCGGUGGAGGAAAGAUGUGAUAAGGCCGUACACCCGUGUCAAGGUUGGUUAUCAUGAUCCAAGUAAGACAGAGGAGGUUUGUAGGUUUGAUAAGAUGAUGGUUAAGUUUAAUUGUGUUUGCUCUAAGUCGUCCUUCCGCAAAGAAACAACGAAACUUGUUCUUGAUACGCUUCAGUUACUUGAGAUUCAAGUGAAUGAGAUGGUAGACAUGAUUAACAAAAAGGCUGAGAACAAUGGGGGUUGCUGUGUAAAUUGGCACACCCGUUACCCCAUCCACCCAGAGGCAAGGAAGUUGUCCGGAGAUACCCAAAGAUCCUCCUAUACCGAAAAAGCCACCUCAUCGAACAACGGAUGUCCGAUUCCCAUCCUGUAUUGAGAAGAAGAAGGGUGGAAGGAGUAAUAAUACUUGAAAGACUUCUAGCCAAAAAAAAUUGUGUACAACAACAAUUUAGCACUCCCCCCAACAGCCAGGGUUUUUACUUCCCAUAUAGCCCCCAAUCUGUAGGAGGUAUUCAGAUGGUUGAUGGUGAUGGAUCUAUUGGCUACUUCACUGGUGUUUCCGGAGGCCCGAUUGGGGCAGGUCAUGUUGCAGGGUCUGAGACUGAUCGUCAAGCCCCGUAUCGGCCCGGUUUUUUACCUUAUUUCUACACCCAAUACAUGCCUAUGAAUGCAGGAGCUGUAGGGGCAGCAAUUCCCAACUUCCCUCCCACCCCUCGGUCCUCAGCUUGUUCCCUAGCUGGUGGGAGGCCUAUUUUCAGACCAAUUGCUCCAAAACCCCCAACGCCAAAGUCUACCCAAGGUUGGUUCCAAAAAGCUGCUACUCAACUACAGUUUUCCCAAAAUGGUAGCCAACAAUCUCCAAAGUAACCAUCCCCUUCCACAUUUAACCCGGGAACUAUGUAGUAGGUCGUGGCAGUUGUGAAUAUGGUGAACUAAAUUUGUGUUGUUCACCUUUUUUGGAAGCGUAAAUGAUCAUGGAGUAAGAAACUAAUUGAUUACUUUUUGAUUAUUAGGACAGUUGAAUUGAUGGACAGGUGAAUUGAACGAGUACCUAAAUUUUUUGUAAAGAAAUCAUUUAUGUAAAUGGGAAUCUGUCCUAUUGGUUGCCCAAAUUUUUGAAUGAUACAUUAUGUUGGGUAUUUUGCUGUGCUUUUGCUGUACAUAUC